GCUGAUCUUCCUCCAAAUCUACAUUUGUCGCCUUCUGCGUCAUAUGUUCUUCAUUGCUCACCACAUAAACCCUAGCGAUUCAAGCAGAAAUUCCUUUUCGUCAUCCAACAACGAUUAUGACGUCUGCUCUACCUUGCUCGAAUUAACUCCGCUAAAAGUGAAACUGCCUUUCUCGCACACGGAUCGGCACCAUCACCGUAGUGCUCACUUCUGUUUCAGACCGCAACGCAAAUCGAAUUUCGUUCGUCUCCAAAUCGCCUUCAAAUACAAACAAUCGGAUACAGAUGUGAGAUCCGAUUCGGCUCCUGGUCAGAUAUGGAAGAACUCGUUCGACCAAAUCGCGAUUCAGAUCAAGAAAACGCUAGAUUCUUUGAAGAAACCCGCAAUAGCCGCAGUUUUGCUCGGUCUGCUUCUGUUCUAUGAUCCUAAUUCGGCUGUGGCUGCAUCUGGUGGUAAAAUUGGUGGUAGCGGCUUCUCGUCACGGCCUCGAAGCUCUUCUUCAUCAUCAUCUUCUAGAAUGUAUUCUGUACCGAAAACAUCGGAUUCGAGUAUGAGAUACUCGGCUCCGUACUAUGGACCUUCUCCGUUCGGUGGAGGUCUCUAUGUUGGUCCGGCGGUUGGUUUUGGGUUUGGUGGGUUUUCAAGCUUCUCUCUGAUUCUGGUUGGUUUCGCAGCGUUUGUUUUGGUUUCUGGUUUCCUCUCAGACCGGUCGUCACAGGACGGCAUAUUAACCGAUACUCAGAAAACUAGCGUCAUUAAACUACAGGUGGGGUUGCUGGGAUUGGGGAGGACCCUACAACAAGAUUUCAAUCGCCUUGCUGAAAGUGCAGAUACAUCCACUUCAGAGGGCCUGAGUUAUGUUUUAACCGAGGCAACAUUGGCUUUACUGAGGCACCCGGACUAUUGCAUCUCUUGUUAUUCAUCAGUAGAUGUGAAGCGGAGCAUAGAAGAUGGAGAGAAGCGAUUUAAUCAACUCUCUAUUGAAGAACGGGGGAAAUUCGAUGAGGAGACGCUUGUUAACGUGAAUAGCAUAAAGAGACAAAGCUCGAAGAUUCGAACAGCUAGUGGUUUCAGCAACGAAUAUAUAGUGGUACACUACUCCAAAAUUGAACGUUUAGUGGUAACUAUUUUGGUGGCUGCAGAGGGUGUACAUAAACUGCAGCCAAUAAAUGGAAGCACGGAUCUGAAGGAAGCCUUACUGAAACUCGGGUCCAUACCGCGAAACAAAAUAAUGGCAGUAGAAGUAUUGUGGACACCGCAGAACGAGGAAGACGCUUUGUCAGAAAGGGAACUACUUGAAGAUUACCCACUGCUAAGGCCAUUG